AUGCAUGGCUGGCUGCUUCUGAUCUGGGUCCAGGGGCUGAUACCGGCUGCCUUCCUCACUUCAGGAGCCACAGCAGGAACAAUAGAGACAAGGGGGAACAUUUCUGCAGAGGAAGGUGGCUCUGUCGUCUUACAGUGUCACUUCUUCUCCAACACAGCUGAAGUGACCCAAGUCAACUGGGAGCAACAGGACCAGCUUCUGGCAGUUUAUAGUGCUGAGCAGGGGUGGCAUGUCACUUCAGUCUUCAGGGAGCGGGUGGUCCCAGGCCCCAGCCUAGGCCUCACCUUCCAGGUGCUGACAGUGAAUGAUACUGGGGAGUACUUCUGCACCUAUUACACCUAUCCUGAUGGGAUUUACAAGGGGAGAAUAUUCCUGAAGGUCCAGGAAAGCUCAGCGGCUCAGGUCCAGAUUCCGUUGCUUGGAGGAGCCAUGGCUGCUGUGCUGGGACUCCUCUGCUUAGUGAUCACAGGGGUGACUGUACUGGCUAGAAAGAAGUCGCUUAGAAUCCAUUCUACAGACAGUGGCCUUGGGAGAAUGGCAGUUGAGUCCCAGGAAAUGAGCCUCAGGAUUCUCUCGUCCUCUGGAGGCCCUGUCCAGAUGGAAGCUGCCCCUGCUGGCCUCUGUGGAGAGGAGGAUGACUAUGCCGAGCCACGAGACUACUUUAACGUCCUGAGCUACAGAAGCCUAGAGAGCUUCAGUGUCCCAGCGAAGACUGUCUAA